GACAAAAGAAAAGAUUGCAAAAGGUAGCUGGGAAGUCAGAAAGAGAGGAAGCUGGAGAGAGGGAGGGAAGAGGCUUGAUGUGUGAGCUCUGCAGUCAGAAAUACUCCAACACAUCCACUGAAUGAUCUGCCUUCAGUUCAAGGCAAGCUGCCUUCUGUCUGAUGAGUACCUACUCUUUUACAGAUAUGCUACCUGAAUUCUUCAUUUAUCUCUCCUGGAUUAUUGAAAUGAACUUUGCAUCAGCAGAAAGUGUGUAUUCAGAAGUCUUAUGUCCUCUUGGAUACUUCCCUUGUGGCAAUAUCACAAAGUGUCUACCUCAGUCAAUGCACUGUAAUGGAAUUGAUGAGUGUGGAAAUCAAGCAGAUGAAGAUAACUGUGGAGACAACAAUGGGUGGUCUCAGCAGCUUGAUAAACACUUUGAGAAACACUAUGAGAAGUUUGGCGUGAACAGCUACGACUCAGAGAUGAAAGAGGCAGAUUGCAUGCUUGGUGGGAUGCCAGCUCAUUGUUUGUGCCGAGGAUUAGAACUUGACUGUGAUGGAGCCAAAUUACGCACUGUCCCUUCUGUCUCCAACAAUGUGACCAUGAUGUCAUUGCAACAUAAUUUGUUGAAAAAGCUUGGCCCUGAUGCUUUCUCUCGGUUUCCAGAGUUGCGUAACUUAUAUCUGCAGCAUAAUAAAAUUAGAACUGUAUCUGUGAAUGCAUUUAGAGGACUCCGCAACCUAACAAAGCUUUAUUUAAGCAAUAAUGCAAUAAGCACCCUUAAACCGGGAGUGUUUCGGGAUCUCCACAAGCUGGAAUGGUUAGUCAUUGAGAACAACAAAAUAAACCGGAUCUCCCCCCAAGUGUUUCAAGGACUGAAUUCACUUAUACUUCUAGUCAUGCUGAACAACUUCCUGGGCCGAUUACCCGACAAACCACUUUGUCAAUAUAUGCCUAAGCUAAACUGGCUAGAUUUUGAAGGAAAUAAUAUUCCAGCCUUAGGAAACACAACUUUCAGUUCCUGUACUACUUUAACAGUUUUGGUUCUACGGAAGAACAGAAUCAGCACAAUAAGUGACAACACCUUUGCAUACCUCUUUAGGCUGGAUGAGCUUGACUUGGCUAAUAACGGAAUUGAAUCAUUUGAGCCAUCAUUACUAAAGGACUUGAAAGACUUAUCACAAUUGAAUAUUUCCUAUAACCCCUUGCAGAAGAUACAAGCAGACCAGUUUGAUUAUGUUCUUUCACUGAAGUCCUUGAGCCUUGAGGGAGUUGAGAUCCCAAAUAUUCAAAGAAGAAUGUUCAUGCCACUCAGAAAUCUUACUCACAUAUACUUUAAAAAGUUCCAGUACUGUGGAUUUUCACCCCAUGUGCGCAACUGCAAGCCAAAUACAGAUGGCAUUUCAUCCUUGGAGAACUUGCUUGCAAGUAUUGUUCAGCGAGUGUUUGUGUGGGUGGUUUCACUGGCAACCUGCUUUGGGAACAUCUUUGUGAUCUGUACACGACCGUAUAUUAGGUCUGAGAAUAAGCUACAUGCAAUGUGCAUCAUUUCCCUUUGUUGUGCAGAUUGCCUAAUGGGAAUAUAUUUAUUUGUCAUUGGAUAUUUUGACCUGAAAUACAGAGGUGAAUACAACAAGAAUGCUCAGGCCUGGAUGGACAGCACUCAGUGCCGAUUGGUUGGAUCAUUAGCCAUUUUGUCUACAGAGGUGUCAGUCUUACUUCUUACCUAUUUGACUUUGGAGAAAUACAUCUGUAUAGUGUAUCCGUUCAGAUGUCUCAAGCCUGGAAAAUGUCGGACGAUCACAACUCUGAUACUCAUUUGGAUUGUUGGGUUCAUUAUUGCAUACAUACCUCUCAGCAAUGAACAUAUUUUUAACAAUUACUAUGGCACAAAUGGGGUCUGCUUCCCACUGCAUUCAGAGCAACCAGAGAGCACUGCAGCACAGAUAUACUCUGUGAUUAUAUUUCUUGGUGUGAAUUUGGCAGCUUUCAUCAUCAUUGUGUUUUCAUACAGUAGUAUGUUUUAUAGUAUCCAUCAAACUGCAAUAAUGGCAACUGAAAUCCACAACCACAUCAAGAAAGAAAUGACAUUGGCCAAGCGCUUCUUUUUUAUCGUUUUCACAGAUGCCCUCUGCUGGAUACCCAUCUUCAUACUUAAACUUUUAUCUCUGCUUCAGGUUGAAAUACCAGGUUCUAUCAGUUCCUGGGUGGUGAUCUUCAUAUUGCCAAUUAACAGCGCACUCAACCCUAUUCUGUAUACCAUCACAACCAGACCAUUCAAAGAAAUGAUCUGUCAGAUCUGGAACAACUACAAAAAACGACAUUCUAUUCGCAGCAAAAGCAGACAAAAGGCUUACAAGUCGUCAUUCUUCUGGGUGGAAAUGUUGCCACUGCAGGACAUUUCUCCAGAGAUAAUGAGACCAGGACUAUACACGGACUCUGAGGCGUCAGUCACUACACAUGCUUCAAGACUGAGUUACGCAUAG